GACACAUAGGUCACAUACUUUCAGUACAUAAAGUGAAAACUCUCUGUAUUUUGGUAGAAAAUUUAAUUUAAAAAAAAAUACAUUUUUCUGGAUCAGCAAGCAUGGAGGCAGAUUUGGCGUUUCUCAUAAACGCCUUGUCCAUGCCGGACACACCGCUGACGAGGCCUCAUAGCGAGGAGCAGCUACAGGAGAUUCGCGAGUCCUUCAUUUCCCUGCAGCGGCUGCUUCGCCAUAAUGCUUUGCCAGUAAACGAGUCCUCUUUGUGCAUGCCGCGCUCCAAGGCUGGCGGAAACCUACCCCGGGAACAGUGUACGGUCUCGCCUGCGCUUCGGGCCCUGGAAGAGUCGCCUGUUCGCGGACAGGACAGCAGUUCCUUUUUGUCGUGCAGGGACAGGGAAUCCAGCGACGAGGAGCGCAAGCAAACCGUGAGCCAGAUUAUCCGGGGCAGUGACACUUUCAGCUUCUGGAGCCUCAAUGAGGACACAUACGAAACGAGAACGGCUCUGGUUGGCGACGGAAGCUCCGAUGUAAUCGUUACUAGGCGGAAAACGCAUUCCUCCAAGAUCUCCAUGAGCGCUCCAGUGGAGUUGGUUUGGAGCAACAGUGGCUACAUUUCGCAGAGCACGGAUAGCGACACCACAAUUAAGCCUGACGGGCACAGGUUCAUUCUUAGAAAAUAGAUCUUAGAUCUGUCCAUCCAUACACAUAUCAAAAUUGCUUCAAUAUUAUAAAUACAGUGUGGCUGAGAUCACUUGCAGGAGGG